CACAAAAACCACUUACUCUGAUGUCUACUUCAUUUACAGGAUAGGAUUCGAUUGAUAAGGAUUCGGAAUGAUGCGUGUUUAUACAUGUUUAGUCGCGCUGUGCUGUGUUGCUGGUGUUGGCAGAGCUCAAAACAAAUGCUGUAUUAAUCAUGACAUCUACACUUUUACUGGUGAAGUUUACGGUGCUAAAGCUGCCCCAUACUUCGAAUCAUUAGUAGAAGAACGUGCGGUUAUGACGUAUGAUUUUAAUCAAUCUCGUUUUCGCUUCAACAUCACAGCCAAAAACUCAAGCCGUUGUGUGAUUCAGGACUUUAACCAGAACACUACAUGGUUUAUUUUUCCUGAUUCACAAGAGUGUAAGAAGAAUAAUUCUGUAGGGAGAAUGCCAACCAGGUGUGUUGCAGAUAAUGUACAAUAUAUCGAUGAAGUCAAUAACCCUGGCGAUGUGCUAGUUAACAGGUGGAAGUAUAAAUAUGAAUAUCAAUCUGACGAUGAAAAUGGAGAGGGGCCACGUGAAUAUACCAAAGACGGAUGUCUGCUAACUGAAAGUUUGUUCUUUGGCACAUGGCCAGGUGACGGAUAUGACGUUGACGUAUUGUAUGUUCUUCGUUACUACAACUAUCAGGUGUUAACUGAUACUACUGAAUAUUUUAUUCUGCCGUCUUACUGUAAUUCAACAUAAAAUUAGUGGAAAGCGACUGGAUGCUGUAAAACACUUAUUGUAACCCACCGAAGAACAAACUGUGAAACAAAUUGUCAACCUUAAGGCAUGCUUAACUGCUUUUAGGAAUGACUUAUGUGCCUAAUUAUUUACCAAUUGUAUAAUUCUUUAUUUAGUUAUUAAGUUUGAAAAAGCUCUAAAGUAGUUUCAUAUAGCAACACAUGAAUUACUACAAUAUUGAAUUUAGCACUCUGCAAUGGAAUCUGCAUUUUAUAAUUAAACAUACAUUGAUAUACAUGAUUGCAGUGUUAAUAAUUAUUAAUAUAUAUAAAUCAUGUAUCCGCAAACUUUCGGUGAUGAAAUAUCUAAAGCAUUCACUUGACCAAACAUCUCUCGUUUUCUUAUAUAAAUCCCAUGUCCAAUCAGUGAUGCAAUAUGUAUAUGCUAUUUAUGUCAACCUACCUGAAUGUGAACGUGCGUAUUUGAAACAUAUUGAAUAUCUUUUCAGUAAACUUUUAUCAGAUCACUCUUCAUAUUCUUCAUAUGCACAACUAUUUGCUCAGUAUGGUAUCACAACGUACGGCACAAGAUUUAACUAUUUCACUCUAUGCAUAUUUUGUCGAAUUGUUCAAUCUUAUGAUCACAUUCUCACAGAUUUCCUUCCGCCUCGACGUCAAACUUCUAUCUCGCUUUGGAAUCACCGACAAUCUGCCUUCUUACCACUUUCUUGUAGAACCGAACGUUUUAAAUCUUCGUUUCUCCCAUAUGCACUUAAGCUUUGCUCGUCUCUAAAUCUUGAUCCGUCUUCUGCAAACAUUCCUCUAUCCGUGCUCUGCUUGGAACACAAUGAUUAGUUGUUUAAUUCUUAUUUUGAAUAUUUUUAUUGGCUAUAGCAAAUGUUUAUAUUCGAUUGUGUUAUGUGUUUUGUAUGGCGGAUAAUGGCCAAUUGAUGGCUUUUGUAGCAAAUAUAUAUUGAAUUGAAUUGAAUAUUCUAAAUUAUCAACAAGCUUUAUUUUAAUAAGAAAGGAAUACAUUCCUUAUCAGUGGUGGCAAGUUCCUACUGUAAGGGAAACUCAACAUAUUGGGGAGAAAAAAUGAAACUGGCAGAGUUAAGAUUUCAAAUGAAAUGAUGAUCAAUACAUUAAAUCUUUAUAUAUAGAGCUAUAUAUUUACUUUGAUAAUGAGAAGAUUCCACAUUAUAUUUGGUGAUUUGGUUUUAAGUUUUUAAUAAACUACUA